AUGAACGCCAACGCCGCGCCGCCGCUGGGAACGCGACCCCCGGUCGAUGUCGCGUCCUUCGACAGGAGCCAGCUCUCGGUGUACCUGAAGGACGUCGUCACGCUCGCGCUCGAGAACCGACCGGAGGAUCCCAUCGCGUUCGCGAGCGAUUACCUCCGGAGGGUGCUGGGGGGCGCCGGGGCGGUGGCCAGGGCGCACCAGUACCUCUCGCUGAGCCCGCACACGCGCAGGGCGUUCACGGACAACGCGCUCCUGGCGUUCGAGGUGCUCAGCGGCGACGAGGAGGGAGAGAAGCCCGUGCCCGGCCGCAAGUUCAACCAACUCAUCGACGCCCUGCUGGAAGACGCGCCAUCCGCAAUCGCCGAGCGCGUUCGCGACGUGCUUCGGACGACCGACGACGCGGAGGUGCGGUGGUGGGAGUUUCAGCGCGCCGCCAAGGCGUGCUUCGCGCUGAGAGAGUUACUGGAGGAGCUGGAGAGGCUCUACGAGCGCAGGGGAUUCACCGGCGCGGGGCCGUCGAGGACCCCAACAGAGCCGGAGAGGCUCCGCGACGACGACGACGACGACCGCCGCGCUAUCCUCGAACCGGGAUGCGCGUUCGAGGUUCCCCCCCGCCGCUCGCACCUCCCCAAGGCGGCGCUCACCAGGGUGCUGUACGAGACGCUCAGGCUGGAGCGGGAAGCCAUACCGUACCAUUGGGGGCCGAUCGGUAAACAGGUGCGAGACAUGGGACAAAAUGCGGGCGCGGCGCUCGGAGGCGUCGCCGGGAGCGUCGUCGGUUUCGAAGCCUUCGCGGGCGCGGUUGUGCGGACGGCGACGCCGAGGAAGGCGUCGAGGGCGGGUGACCGGGACGGCGCGGGCGCGUUUAACGCGAGGGAUUCGUCGUGA